UAUCCACAUGCGGAUCCACGCGCUGGAUGUUAUUAGUGCGAAGGUGCUUAUGACAUAUUGAUGUCCGAACAUAACCUAUACUGCGUACUAAAGUGAGGAAACAUGUAACGGAAUUAGUUAAUUUUUCACAAAAUUAAAUAUUGUCAACAAUACAACUUGUAUUUUUUUAAAUUUUCUAAUUACUCGAGUGUUGAUUUUCCAUAAAAGUAUAGAUAUUCAACGUAGUUAAACAUCUAUUUCAAGCUGUAUAAUCUUUUGUUUUUAAAAGGAUCAAAAAACGUGAAUUUUUACAUUAUUUCGCCGAUGAUUUUUAUUGCACGAAAAUAUGAGGUGUUGCAAUAUAUUUUUACUUAGUGUCGGAUAUGUAGUCCCAAUAUAUACAUGACACAAUUAUGGACAACAAGAAAGUCUUACCAAAUCCUUUGAAAAAUGCAACUAAAAAUGACGAAGCAAGGCAAACUCAAGUUUUUGUUCUACCUCCAGAACUUCUUAAGGGAUUACUUCUUCAGAACAAAAUACCCAAGAUUAAUGAUCCAAAAAAGCUUGUUUCUGUGAUUGCAAGCAAGCCUACAAAUAUUGGAAAACAAGAAAAAAAAGUUGAUCAGUCAUCUAAUAACUUAGACACAAUUAAUAAUGAAACAAAUAAAAUAGAAAAGAAGAAUGAUGAAACAGUUAAGAAAUCAGUUGAGAAGUUAUUGGCUAAUGAAGCCAAACAAAUCGAGACAAAAAGUCCAGUUAAUAAAAAGAAAAAUCAGAAGUCUAUCAAAAAAGUUAAAAAAUCAGCCAUAGAUGUGGAUUUAACGAAACAAAUAAAAAGCUCUGAUGAAUCAAAAUCAGUUCAAGAAAAUAUCGAUAGUGUAAAGAAAACAUCUGACAGAAUAAGAAAAACGACUAAAAUAUCAAAACAAAGCAAAGUUGUAAAACGUUCUAAUGAAAAACAAAAUAUUGCAAGUGAAACUUGCAAUAAAGAGCAUGAAGUAAGUAAUAUAUUAUCUGUAGAAAAUAAUACAGAAAUAGUCUCUGAAGUGGUCAAUGAAUCAUCAGUAGAGAAACUAGUCUGCUUAGACUAUAGUGAAAUAGAGUUUAAUAAAAUAGAGAACAAUGCUACGCAAAAUAGUAUUAUUUUAUCUCAUUCAAAAGAAGAGAAAGAAGAAAAAAAUAUUGAUGAGACAUCCAUGCAAACUGAAAACCCUAAUUUAGAAAUUACAAAUGUAUCUUUGACCCUGCGCUCAAGAAGAAGAAUCUCUAAAAAUUCAAAAGAAUAUAAAAUUGCUAAUGCUGUGGAACCGGAAUCUGUAGUUAUUGAUAAACAAGAAGUUGCAAGUUCAAGUAAACAUGAAUCACUUUUGGACAAUAAUGUCAUGCUGGUUUCCAAUGCCCAAGUCUGUCCCAAGUCUGAUAUAAUAACAGUUAUUCAAUCUAAUCUUGAAACUUUUGAUGAAUCUAAUUCAACGGAAUCAAAUCAAGCUAGCUGUUCUGAACAAAAAAGAAUUAUUAAAAUAGCUAAACCAUGUGUAAACAACACCUCAAAUGUUAAUGACAAAACAGUAAAUAAUGUUGUAGGAGAUGCUGAUGAUUUGUCAACUCAAAGUUGUAUAAAACCAACUAAUGAAGAAAAUAAUGUUGAAUUAAAACUUGAAAAAGAACAAGUGAAUAUUGAUAAAAAUGAAAAGUUUAAUUUUGAAGUUCCGGACAGAUCUACAAAUACAAUAGAUGAAAAUCAGGCAAGGCUUUUUAGAAGAAAAAGAAUUCCACGAAUACCAAACUUAAGCGGAAUUUUAAAAACUUCAACAGGAAAACAAGAACUUGAUGGUAAAGAAAAAGUUGAUGUUGAUACUAUUAAUUUGCCAGCAGAAAAUAGUUUAGAGUCUCCUAUAGCAAUUACUGAUACAUCAUUGUCAGAUAAUUUAACCUGCUUGAAAUUUGAUAAACCUAGUGAAGUAAUUCAUCAGACUGUACAAAAUAAUGAAACGAUUACGACAAAUACUAUGCUUGACAAAGAGAAAAUCAAUACUAAUACAACUUGUGUGGAAGCAGAACAACCUAUCUUAGAAAAAGAUGAAUUUUCAAAGUCAGUGGAUAUGAAUCCGACUAGAUAUUCAAAUAGAAAAAGAACUUCAGAAAUAUCAGAUCCAAAAAAAGUAGUUAAUGCCGUAAAUGACGAAUCAAAGACUGACACCGCAAGUUUAAAUCAGGAUCGUAAAUUGCUUAUUAAUGAGUUACCACAAAAAAAUUGUUCAAAUACCAUUAUUGAAAAGUACAAAAAACUUUGUACAGAAAAAAUGGUUGAUGCAAAUUCUACUUUAAAAGUAGAUUCAGAUAAAACAAAUAUCCUUCAAUCAUCUACAGAUAUUGGAAAUUUUAAUUUUAACGUGUUUGAUGAAUCUUUAAUAAAUGAGAAUCAAACCAGGCACUCUAGAAGAAGACGGAUUUCAAAAGUUCCAAAUUUAACUAAGGUGGAUAAAGUUUCAAAUGAUAAAUCAAAGACUACAGACAGAAGCAAGAAAGAAACAAAUAUUAAUGAUAUCCCAGUUCAAAAUAGCAUAGAAUCUCAAGCAGAAGAAACAACAAUAGCAUUAUCAAAAGAAAUAGUUUGUUCUAAUGGAUCUACGGAAGUAAAAAAUAAAAUUAUUCAAGAUAGUUUACCAAUCAUGACCAAUUCAAGCAUUGAAACAUCAGAAGUAACCCUUGAUGAAGCUCCUGUGGAAAGUAUAGUAUCUAAUUUGAAAUUUCCAAAUAAACUCUCAGAUUUGGAAGUUGUGGAACCAAUCAGGAAUUCCACUAGAAUAUCUGAAACUUCACAGCAAGACAAAUGUGAUGAUUUUUCUAAAAAUUUAGACAAACAAGAAACUUUCAAUCAAUAUAAAAACUGUUCAUUAUUAGAUGAUAUUUCUAACUCUGAUGAAUCUAACAAAUCUACGUCUGAAAUUCAAUAUGAACCUUCAAAUUCAACAGUAAGUCAGUCAAAAUAUCCUAGAAGAAAAAGGAUUGCAAGAGUACCAAAACCGAGUAUAAUUACUAACACUAGAAAAAAUAAACAAAGUACUACAAAUAAUAUUGAGAAUGAAACACAAAUAAUUAAUAAUCAACAAACUGUAAAUGAUAUUGAUACUAAAAUAGUUGAAAAAUCAUCACUUGAAAAUGUGACCUCUUUGGACUCAAAUGAAUAUGGUGAAAACAACAGCAAUAUUGUUCAAAGUGCCACAGUACUUUCUUCUGACCCAAAUUUUCAAACUGAUUGCACAAAGAUUGACAGUACUAGUUCCAGAACUGAUACCACAAUUACAAUCAAUAAUCAAUCAACUGAAAGUUGUAUUGAUAUGGAAAUGGUUGAAAAGCCUAUUAGUGAAAAUAUGGCUUUUUUGGACUUGAAUGAAUUGGGUGAAGUCAACAGCAAUAUUGUUCAAAGCAUCACAGAACUUUCAUCUAAUUCAAAUUUUCAAACAGAAUGUGUAAAGAUAGACAGGGUUUGCCAAAAAAAUGAUAUUACAAUUAAUGACCUACCAACUGAAAAUUGUAUUGAUACAGAAGCAUCUCUUGAAGAUAUAGAUUCUUUGGACUUGAAUAAAUAUGACAAUAUAAAAAAGAAUGUUUUUCAGAAUAUUGGAGAACUUCCUUCUCCCUCAAACAUUGUGAAAGAGAACUCAAAAAGUGACACUGUUCCUGAAAAUAUUGAAGAAUCCAAUUUUGAAAUAUCUAAUAAAUCUUUAGAUGCAACUAAUGAGGAAUUGAUUAUGGCAGGUGAUAAGUUAACUCACACUUUUGAUACUUUUGAUCAAAAUAUUAUUGUGGAACAAAUAUCAGAACAAAAGGACAAAUCGACAAAUGUAAGUGAAAUACCUAAUGAUCAAAAUCUUUUCAAUUUAUCAAAUUCUGUUAAACAUGAAAACUGCCAAGAAAAUCUCGCAUUUGAAAAUGAAUAUGAAGAAAUUGAAAUUAUAGAAGAAAUCGAGUAUAUUAUAGAAGAAGUUCUAGAAGAAGAAUGCACAGAACCUUCUAAUGAUAUUAUAGUAUAUGACACUAUGGAUUCUGUUGAUUGUGAAUUAGAAAAAUCACCUAUCAAAAAUAAUCCUUUAGUCCCAUCUUAUGAAAAUGAUCAAGUAGGAAACCUAAAUCAUUCCAUUAAUACAGAAGUAAAUUACAUCAACGAAAAUGUAUCAACUGAACAAGAAUCACCCAUUAAAAUUUUACCAAACAAUGCCAUUGAUUCUGAAUUAAGUGACAGCAAUAAGAAUAUAUUGAGUAAAAAAGAGUCUCCCAUUAAAAAUUUGCCUUUGGUCACAUCUUCUGAAAAUAUUGAAGUGACAAGCCCAAACACAUCUAUUGAUUUAGAAUUAAAUAGUAGUAAUGAGAUCGUAUUGGUUAAAAAAGAAAAUGAAAAAGUCAAUGUUUAUGUCAAUAAAAGAAAAAUUCAAAGUGAAACAUUGUCAAAUGAAAAUCAUGAAUCUCAAAAUUCAAGCAUAGAAGUUAAAAACACAACUCAUGUGAUGAAUCUUGAUGAAUCAGAGGAAUCAAUUGCAAAAUUUACUGAUCCAUCUAGCCAUGAUACACUUGUGCCAAUUUUAACAGCUAGAAGAUACAGUGCAAGGUCGUGUAAAAGAAAUUCAAUUACAGCUCAACAAGAACAGAAAAAAGAACCAAAAGCAAGGAAUCGCAGUAAAUCAACUAAUCAAGUAAACAAUAAUAAGUCUAAUGCCAUAGGUAUGAGAACUCGUAAUGCAUCAGUAACUAUUAAUUCAAACAGUUUAAAAGAAUGUAAAAAUGAAGAUGGUAAAAUGCCAAAAGAAAGCUCAGUUCCUCCUAAAGCAUUCAAACAGGGAAAAACACAAAAAAAUGUAAGUAGGAACACUCAAGCUUUGGUUGAAGAUGGUACUGUUACAACAACUAGAACUAAAAGUAGGAGGGGUAAAGCUAUGCACAUGAUUGAACAAAAAACUGAAGUUGACAAUACUGCUGAAGAUAAAAAAGAGAUGCAUCACAAUGAUUCUAAAAAUGUUAGCCAUGAAAAUCAUACAGAAAAAUUGGGCAUCAGUUCUAUAGGCUCAAAUAUAGUUACUAAUGAAGCAGACAUUAAUUUAACUUACAUAAAUGAUGAGGAGGAUGUGACUAUAGAUUUAAAAGAAAUAUUAGACUCGAUAGCAAUUGCAGAUAGUCAAGAUGAAGAUGAUUCCUUAUUAUUCUUCCAGAAUUGCAAAAUAGGAGAUGAAGAAACUAAAUUAAUUGAAGAAAACUUGAACAAAGACAAUCACAUAGAAACAAUCUGUAACUACAAUUUUAGUACCACUACUGAUAAGGUUCAUACAGAGGGUUUUCAAUUGAAAGAAUCCAAUAAAUCUCACAAUGAUGAAAUAGAAAAAAUAACUCAAGGUAAAGUUGAUCUUGAAAAUGACACAACAAUUCAGCUUGGGAAAAAAACGAUUAAUGAUACAGAUACAAAUGCAUCUAAAAUAGACAAUUCAAUAAUUCAAAAAGCAAAACAAACUAAUUUUAAUAAUUCGUCAGAAGAAAAGAAAAACGAAAUGAUCAGUGAAGAAUUGAGUGAAAUAACAAAAGAGGUUUUUGACACAAUAGAAAAUCCCAAACCCAUUAAUAUAGAGUUUAAUGCUAAUCUAUGCAAACUUACAGAUAAUAAUAAACUAUCUUUGCAUAUUGCAAGUGCAAGUAUUUUUGAUUCCAAAGAUAAAUUAGAUUAUGUAAGCCAAAUUUCAGAAACUAACAAUAGCCCAAAAAGUCAUGAAAGUAUAAAAAUUGAGACCUAUUCUAAAUUCAACACAGAAAAAAAUUUUGCUGAAAAUAAAGAAUCUGAUAAUGAUAGUGUAGAUGACAAUUACGAAUCAGUGAACAUAGCAUUUGAAAAUUAUGAUUGUAGCAGCAUUUCAUCACCUGAUGAUUCAAAUGAAAUAACCACUGAAGGAACUCUUCCUGUAAAAAAUUCAAGUGUUUUGGAAAAAACGAAUGCAAGUCAAAACAAAGUAGAAGAUGACAAAUUUUCCUUCCAAGAAAAAAUUGAAAAAUCUCAAAGUUGUACUGAGAAUCAACCUAAUGAAGCAAUUAUUAGUAACGUUCAAAUUGAGCAAUUAGGUUUGGUAACACCUACUUCUUACAAUCAAGAAAAAAAUCUAGGCAUAAAAGAUUCAAAAGUUGUGAAGCUGACAUCUCUAUGGAAAACAAACAAUCAAUCUUUGAAAUCCGCUAAUAACAAUAAUGCUGACUCUCAAUCAAAAUUGGUUACAAGUCCAGAGAAUGUAUUAUUUUCUAGGGAAACAAAGAAAGAUAUUAAGCGCAAUUUAAAGCAAACUUCUUUGGAUUCCUUUAUAAUCAAAAAAACAAAAGAAAGUACUUCUAAAUUGUUUUCAACUACUGAGAAAAUUUCGGAAAAGAUCACAGAAACAAGUAGUGAUUUAACUUCAGAAAGUGGUGUUAGCUUUGGCCGAAUGGAAAAUACUCAUCAAGAUAGUAAAACGAAAAUUCAAGUUUUUGGGGAUGAUAAUAAUUCACAGGAAGUUUAUGAGAACACGAUUGCUCUCACUGAAGAAGCUAAUAUUAAAUCUGACAACUGUGAAAUUCAAACUCAAGAAAACUUUACUCAAAUAAAUACAUCUACUGCAUGCAUAACUGAAAAGGUUGAAACAAUGACUUGUUUAAUUUUAAAAUCUGACAAUAAUGUCAGAAACUUAAUAACAGAUCUAAAUAACAGCACAAUAAUAUCCGAAGAAGAUAAAAAAUUUUCUUCCGAAAAACUCGGUAUAGUUGUUAGCGUUGAUAAAGUUAAACAUAAAAAUAAUUUAUUAUUAGAAUCUGAUUCUGCAAUUGAAAAUACAAUGAUGAUUUCUGAGAAAUCAAGUAUAGUUAUUCAAGCUAACAUGGCUUGUGCUAAAAUUGAAGAUAAAAAUGAGGAGAUUAAAGAUGAGCCAUCUAUCAGUCCUAUUACUUCACAGAAGAAAAGAAUAGGAAGGCCACCAAAAUCUGCCAAAAAAGUUAUUGAAAAAAAACCAGUUGCUGACGAUAUUCCUACUACCGGAAAGAAUUUGCUUGAAGGGGAUAAUGCUCAUGAUGAAGAAAAAAGCCUUGAAAUGAAAGGAAGAAAAAAGAGGAGUUGCCAAUUGAGUUUAUUACAAGAACCUAGAAGAUCUACUAGACACAAAACUGAUGAUAAUUCAAAGGAAGUUUUGAACUCAAGUAUCAAACAAAGAAGACCAAACCGACGAUCUACAAAAGACGUAGUAGAAUCUCAAAUUUCUGAAGAAAAUACUGAUAUCAGUGUUAAUAAUAACAAAGAUCAAAAUAUUAAUAAAUUGAUUUCUGAAAAUACAGAAAAUCAAGUAAAAAAACGAAAGGGAAGACAACGGAAAUCGAAGUUAGACAAAAGUACUAUUUUUAAUGACCAAGAGAAACAUUUCGUAAUGAAAAACGAAGACGAAGGUGAUUCAAGUAUAACUUUAAAAACUUUUGAACAACCAAGUCAAAGUACUUGUUUAGUAUUAAACACACAGGACAUUACCAAUGAGAUUGAUGCUAAAAGUACAAAUUGUAAUACCAGUGCAGAAAUCAAUAUUAAUGAUUCUACAGUACUGACUGAAAAUAAUGCAACAGAUACAGUUUUAAAUGUUACAAGAAAAAGAAAAAGGUCUACCACAAAUGUCAUAGUUCAAAAAGAUGAUGAAAUAGUAUCAGUAAAAGAUUCUAUAGCGGAUCACAAUACAACUGCAAUAGAAGAAGAGAAUGAUGAAAAAGAGACUAGUGAUGAUAGUGAUGCUGAUGAAAUCGUUAUACCUGUCAAGAGACGCAAAGGUCCGUUAGGUCCAUACAGAAAAAGGCGAAAAGGCAAAACACGUCGGGGAAGACCACGAGGUGUUCAGAGAAAGAGCGUCUGUGAUAACGAUUACGUUCCACAUCAUUCACACUUGAAUCGUACACCUAAAAAAGAAACCCCUAAGAUUGAUUCUUUUGCUGAAUUAAGUAUGAAGAAAAUUGUCACUUGUGGAAAAUGUGAUGUGGAGAUAGUAAAAAGUCAAUGGGCCCAUCAUAAUUUAAUGACACAUAACAACACAGGUUGGCUUAAAGGGUCAGCAAAACCAGAUUAUGAGAAUGAUGAAAAACUGUUCAGAAAGGUCAUAAAUCUUGCUCAUAAGAAAAGGAAGAAAACUUUGGUAUGCGAACAGUGCAAAGUUAUAAAGCGCAGUGUUGCAGGAUAUCUUUCACAUUUAACGUUUUGUGGUAAAAGCGAGGAGGAAAUGCAAGCAUUGAUGGUAACAUGUCCUGUAUGCCAAGCAGUUACAAAACCUUCGUCAGUGGAAUAUCAUGAAAGAAUGCAUAGAUUGGAGGCCGAAGCAAAAGAAAGAAUGCCUGAAAUUGACGCGGAAAACAUAGACUUUGGUCCACGAGGCAAGAGAAAAGCUGCAGAGAAAGCUGUCAGCAAAAUAUCAGAAUUCACGGCAUUGGUUAAAGAAGAUAAAGAAAAUUCUGGCCCUUCUGAUAAAAAAUUGAAAAUGAAUGCUAAUUUGAAGAAAGUAAUACAAAAACCACAGCUGGAAAAGAGAAUUCCAAGUACUUCAAUAAAUAAAUGGAGAAAAGAUUUGGCUAGUGGACAGAAUGCAACUUGCAGUCAAAUAGGGUGCCAAUUCACAAGCAAUUCAUUUGAUGAAAUAAAGACUCAUUAUUCAACAUGUAAUUUCACACCUCGUGAGAACUAUCUUUGUAAAAUAUGUCGAUUUCAAUCUUCGACCCACAAAGAAAUUGUUGACCAUGCUUUAGAAAAGCACUCAGUCGAUGACGAGGAUGCUAAUUUAUCACUAUCAGACGCAGAAUCGUCUAGUAGCGAUAAUUCAAGUGACAAUGAAGAUAUCAAUAAAAGUCAACCCCAAGCUGUGAUGAGGAAAUUCUACUACAAAGAAAGCUCCGAAAUAUCAAACAAAUUAUUCAAAUUUAUAUUCAAAGAUGGAACCUGUCAUACAAAGUUCAGUAAAACAUAUUUUGGAAGCUUUCAGUGGACAUUGGAGUUUGAAAGAGAACAUUAUAAAUUGAGUUUAUUUGAAGAAUAUGCCCCGAAUAAUUUUGAAUUGCUGAAUUCAAGAGAAGCAUAUUCCUACUUGCCAGAAGUUGAACAAUCAAUGCCUAUGAUGAUUAUAAAAACCGGUGAUAACAAUGAAAUUCAGCCUGAAUGGAAAACAUGGAAACGAUUUGAGGGACAAUGUUGUGGAGACAAUCCAACAUUUUUUGUCGGAGGACCUGUUUGGGCUCUAGCAUGGUUGCCGAUACCAACGUCGCUGUCGCUUUCUGAAGAGUUAUCACAAUUUAUUGCUGUCAGUACUCAUCCAACUAUGGAUGCGACGUAUUCCGUUGGAGAAUCUUAUUCUGGAAAAAAUAUUAUUCAAAUUUGGGAUGUGGGAAAUUUGGAUCACAAGUCUAUCAGCCGGUACACUCCCAAGUUAGCCUAUGCAAUAACUCAUGAAGGAGGUACGGUUUGGUGUUUAGAAUGGUGUCCAUCGGGAUGUUAUCAACACGAAGACUUGCCUGGAUGUAUAGAAAGUAAUACGCCAAAUAAAAUGGGUUUAUUAGCUGCAGGUUGUACUGACGGCUGUGUGCGAAUCUACUCGCUAGUUUUUCCUGAAGAUAUCGCUAAAGAAAAUUCGGAAAAUAUUGAGAAUAGUGAUAAAUAUCCUAUAUACAAUACUGAGCCUGCGUUGAUAUUGGUGGUUAAUAAAGAUAUGUACGAUAAGCAAAAACAAAACUGGCAGGUUACGAAAUUAUCUUGGUCAAAGGAGAAAAAUCACAACAUUAUUGCCGCUGGAUUUUCUAAUGGUUAUGUUGCACUUUGGAACUUGGCAUUAAAAUCUCCGUUGCUGAAGUCUAAAAAGGGUAACACUGUUUAUCUGCAUCCUUACAGACAUUUCUUUGCUCAUCAUCACACAAUAUCAAUGGUGCAUUUAAUACCUCAAGACAAUAAGCGGUUUUUAGCAACUGCAAGUCUUGACCGCCUGUACAAACUUUGGGAUUUGGAAGACGUUACUAAUCCGAAAAAUUCGUUCAAGAAAAGUUUUGUCACAGAUGGGGCAUGGCUUAAUCAUUGGUGUUCAGCAUUUGUUACUUACGAUGACGCGUUAAGUAUGGGCCACAAUUAUUCGUAUUGUUUACCAUUACGGGAUUAUACAUACAAAUACUUCAACAUUUUUCCUACGAACUCUCCGAGUUUUUCAAUAUCUACAUCAGAUUAUGGAAACAGCAUAGCAAACGGAACACUUGCCGGUGAAAUUCUUGCAAUCUUUCCACAGCAGCUGAUAUAUAUACGGGAUAUGGAGAAAACGUUACCCCGUAAACGCUUUAUUAGUACGAUAUCAACAGCAGAACUUGUUGAUUUUCAAAAACUAAAAGAAGAAGACAAGGAAAAGGACAAAGUAUCAUCGAGAAGUAAUAAAGAUCAGAAAGAUGACAAGGCGCCGUAUGACUUUAUGCCUACCACAUAUAAAGAUUCAAAAGAUCGAUUCGGAAUCAAGUUUUACGAUAACCUGGAUGUUUUCCGAGAUCAGUGCAUGAUAAAACCAAAAAAUCAUAAGAAGACUCUGACUAUCGAAAUGAUGAAAAACACUCCUGUAGAACAGUAUCCGUUUAUGUCGGUCAAUAGGCUGUCAUGGAAUCCAAACGCAUCGAGUUUCCUGUGGCUCGCGGCCGGCUAUCAGAACGGUUUCGUGCGACUUAUGUCCUUCAAGUCGAUGGCUUCUCCGGCGGAAUGGAGCAAGCUGCUGGCUUCGCACAUAGAGACUCUGAAGUCCGAUUGUACAGAAUCGCAAAGUACAAAACUCGACGAUAGAUAGCUCCGUUUUUUGCGAUUAGCGAUGAGCGCAGAAAACCUGUACAUUUCGUUUAUAUUUAUAAGUGUACAAAUGUGAAAAAGCAUAAUUUAUACUUAAAUUAUAAAGAGUUUUAAUAACUUAUAAGAAUUUUACAGAUUUGUACGUUGUAUUUCUAAGAUAGAAAUCGUAUCGCUGUAGAAAUGCACGCGAACGAAACGUAUUAGGUUGUAGCAUGUGCGAAGGUGGAGGGGCCGGAGAGAGGAAAAAAUGUGAGGGGGGAUGCUAGUAUAGGAGAAACUUCACAUCUCAUGCAUGCGAGAGGCGGCGGGUACCGGGAAGCCAGAUGAGGCAGACUGAUACUGGACACUGAACAGACAAGAGCCACGUCCGUCGGAUUUGAACAUAUACAAGCAGGGUAGACGGAAUCGCGAGCGGAUUUCGUUAUACACGCGCGUCCUGAAAACUGUGUACCACUUCCUCUCAACGGAAACUGCGUUAUCACUUAUAUUCUCGUCUUCAUAAGCUCAUAGGCACCCACGG